CUAAUAAAAACGAAUUCAGUAAUUUUCCUUAAUAAAUUUGCACUCAAAACAGUAUAAAUUAAACACUAACUAUUUGCUUAUCAUUGUAUUCGUAUUGAGAAUAAUUUCGAGUGUUGCAUUUCACAAUAUUAACAUUCAAAUAAAGCUAUCGUUCUUCUUUCAGUACAUGCGUCGUUAUCUCAAUACAGAUAAGUUUUACGAUUUUUGGUAAAGAUUCAGUUCAGAUCGAAAAUCCAGUCUUUCCAGUUUAGAGAUGUGCAUCAACGUAUUAUUACACUUAGUGUAAAAAGGAAUUUAAGGAAUCGUUUUAAAAGAACAAGAUAAUUAUGUUGAGCGUAAAAUCAGAAAAUUUUCGAGCUAAAUUAGCUCAAGUUACUACAGUUAUUGCCGCAACAUCCGGAGCAAUCGCUGAUGGAAUGCAUUACGCUUGGUCAUCGCCGAUAGCGCCAAUUUUAAGAAGUCCAGAAAGUCCGGUUGGUUUAAUCUCAGAAUCAAACGAAAAUUUGGUUGAAUUGAUUUACAUGAUUGGUGGAUUAGCAGGAUUACCAGCAACGAUCUUUAUCGUCGAUAAAUUCGGUCGGAAAUCGUCAAUUUUAAUUUCAGCCGUUGGAAAUUUAAUUUCCUGGUUUAUGAUAGCUUUCGCUACAAGAAUCGAAGUAAUAAUUGCAGCAAGAUUUCUUUGCGGAAUGACAGGCGAUAUGGAAUUCGUGGCCGGGCCAAUGUACAUAGCGGAAAUCGCCGAAAAAAGCAUCAGAGGGCUUUUAUGCGGAUUCAUUUUUAUUGCAAUGUUAAUCGGAGUUGUGGUUAUGUACAGUGUUGGGCCAUUUUUAACGAUUCAACAAUCAUCUUUUGUUGGUGUUGCUUUUGUUGUUACACAAAUAAUUACGUUCUCUUUUAUGCCCGAAUCGCCUUAUUACUAUUUAGUGAAAAAACAACCAGAAAAAAGUAAAAAAGCUUUAAGAUUUUUAAGAGGUGGCAAAGAAAAUGUUUCUGAAGAACUUGAUGAAAUGUCAAUUGCUGUUGAGCGGCAGGAAAAAGAACGUGGAAGACCUAUUGAUUUAUUAAUCGAUAAAGGAAAUCGAAAAGCUUUAACAAUUAUGACAGUUUUAAAUGCUGUACAACACUUUAGCAGUAUUAGUGUAAUGUUAAUGAAUUUACAUACGAUUUUAGAAGAUGCAGAAGGAAUUUUAUCCUCAAAAUAUUCAGGAAUCGUUUUUUCUUUAGUUAUGUUAAUUUCGGCAUUAGUUGCAAUUUGCGUUGUUGAUAAAUUCGGUCGCAAAAUAUUAUUAGUUUUUUCAAGUUUAUUAACAGGAAUUUCUUUAACAAUUUUAGCAACAUAUUUUUACUUUAAAUCCGAAAACUACGAGAACAUUGAAUAUAUGUCUUGGGUUCCAGUGUUAGCAGUACUUUUAUAUGCGUUCGCUUUUAAAUGCGGUUUGGGAUUGGUUCCGAUUGUAAUGACGGGAGAAUUAUUUCCAACUUCGGUAAAAGCUAUGGGUAUGACGAUUUCUGAUGCGAUGUACGUUAUUUUCGCCACAAUUUCCCUUUUGAUUUAUCAAGAGUUAAUUCAAUUUGGAAUAUACGUUCCAUUUUAUUUAUUUGCCGCUUCGUGUAUUUUAACAGCGGCUUUUGUAUUAUUUUAUGUACCUGAAACGAAUGGAAAAACGUUAGAGGAAAUUCAAUUUAUUUUAAAGGGUUUGCCAUAUCCUCAAAAUUCCAACCAUUUUAUUAGAAAUACUAAUGGAAAUGUAAAUACUGCUUUAUAAUAUAAUAAAUUAAUUUUUAAACUUAUUAUUAAUAUGUAUAUCAAAAUUGAAAGCAAAAUUUGUACCUGAAUGCUGAUAUUUUAGUAAAUAAAUGUUUUUAUAUUAA